AUGUCGACAUCAGAUGCGGUUCUGCUUUUUGAUGCAGGCGCAGGCCAAGCUCAAGGAGGUCGACAAUUCCAAGAAGAUCGAUGCACAUUAGUCCUGCCGGAUCAGUUUCCUUCCAAAACGGAGGAUAAGCUUGCCUUCUUUGCAGUUUACGACGGACAUGGUUCGCAGUUAGUCGCAGAGCAUGCCAGUCGAAACCUACACUUUCUGCUCGCGAAGCGUCCAGAGUUUGACCUUGGCGAUUAUGAAGGGGCCAUCAAAGGUGCGCUGGCAGAUGAAGACGGCGUUCUGCUCGAUCGUUUCAAGAACGAAGCCACGGAACCUGCUGUUUCUGGAUCGACUGUUGCAUUAUGCUUUAUCAACCUGACAAAAGGCGAUUUGGUCGUCGCCAACCUUGGAGACUCUCACGUUAUUCUAGCUGAACGGGACCCUAGAACGGAGCGUCCAUGUCAUAUCCGACGUCUCACGAAGUCCCAUAAACCAGAUGCUCCUAGUGAAAAGUCACGAAUCGAGGAGGCUGGUGGGGUUAUCAACACGCGCAGUGGAACUGCCCGUGUAGGGGCGCUGAACAUGUCGCGAGCAAUUGGUGACCUGCAGUACAAGAAUCCCAUUAACACGAUCGAAGACGAGGGAACGAGUCAAAAGACACGGCGGGCUUCAUCGUCGUCGUCUGCCCCUGAAACCCGGGGUAACUUUUUGUCCAACGAACCGGAUAUGAUGAGACUCAAACUAUCGCCAGACCGACGUUACUUGCUUGUUGUUGUGUCAGAUGGGAUCAGUGACUCGACCGACGAUGCGACUCUGAUUAAUCACAUCAUGAAACUGUCGACGCGGGGAAUGAUGGCGGGUGAUAUAGCGCAAGAAGUAGCGUCUCUGACGGCGAGCCGGCGAGGAAGUGAUAAUCGAUCGUGUUUAGUGGCAUUCUUAGAUGGACAGGAUUCUUGA